AUGAUGCUCACACUGCUCACUGUGGUAUGUUCUGGGUUCAUCUGGGUUCAAGGGAUCUGGUCACAAGUUGUGGACUCUAAGAAGCCCUUUCUGUCUGCCUGGCCAAGCCCCAUCGUUCACGUUGGAGAGCAUGUGGUGCUGCACUGUCGGUCUCAGCUUGGGUUCGAAAUGUUCCGUCUGUUCAAGGAACUCAAGGGCCACAUCCUCGAGAUGCAGAACUUGAAGUCCCAGCAGAGCUUUCUGAUAGGCCCCGUGACCACAGCACAUGCAGGAAUCUACAGAUGCCAGGGAUUCUACUCUAAAUCUCCUUAUGGAUCAUCAGCACUAAGUGAUAGCCUGGUGAUUGUGGUCACAGGGAUCUACAGAAAGCCCUCACUCUUGGCCCUGCCAGCUCCCCUGGUGAAACCAGGAGGGACAGUGACAUUGAAAUGCUCAUCAGAGAUUGUGUUCGAGACCUUCAUUCUGGUUCUGCACAGAAAGGGGCUAAGAGAGGACCCUCUGUACCUUGUUGGGGAGCCUUAUGACGGUGGUGUCCAGGCCAACAUCUCCAUAGCACCUGUGACGACUGUACACACUGGGACCUACAGAUGCUAUGGUUCUGUCAGUCACCAGCCCUAUGAAUGGUCAGACCCCAGUGACUCCCUGGACAUCAAGAUCACAGUCACUGCGGUCUCAUUCAUCUGCACAGCUGGGACUCCUGGGAGGGACAUCAUGAUCUUCACUUUUACAGUGUUCUUUCAUCUUGGGCUGAGUCUGGAACCCAGGACAACGAUGGUGGCAGAAAAAUUGCACAAACCCACCAUCUGGGCUGAACCAGACUCUGUGGUCACCAAGGGACUGUCUGUUGAUAUCUUCUGUUUUGGAACCCAGGAAGUCCAGAAGUACUAUCUAUAUAAAAAGGGGCGUUUAAAACCCUUGAAGAUACAGACCUCACUGGAGCCUGGGAACAAGGUCAACUUUUCCAUUCCAUUUAUCACAGAAUAUGAUGCAGGACUAUACUACUGCUGCUAUUUCAGCCCUUCUAACUUGUCAGAAUGCAGUGACUUCCUAGAGCUUGUGGUCACAGGAUUCUACAGCAAACCCAACAUCUCAGCCCUUCCAAGAUCCCUCGUGACCUCGGGAGGGAAUGUCACCCUCCAGUGUAGCUCACAUCAGGGAUAUGAAAGAUACAUCCUUACCAAGGAAGGAGAACAGAAUGUGUCCUGGACUCAGGAUUCCCAGAAACAACCCAAUGGACAUUUUAUGGCCUUGUUUCUUGUGGGGCCAGUGACUUCCAAACACAGAUGGGCCUUCAGAUGCUAUGGCUACUAUGAGAGAACCUCCCAGAUGUGGUCAAUGCCCAGUGAGACCCUGCAACUCCUCCUUGUAGAUUCACACUCACAAGAUCAUACAGUGGAGAAUCUCAUCAGGAUGGCUGUGGCUGGCUUGGUUCUGGUGGUUCUUGGGAUUCUACUUUUUGAGGCACAAAACAGUCAGAGAAGUCACCAAGAUUCAGGAUGGAGGUGAACCAGAGAGAAUGGUGAAUCUAUCUCUUAAUGUGGUAGAGGCUUGAAGAUGAAUCUUACAAGUAGAAGAAAUCAUGGAAGUAAAUUUGUGGUAUAAGUGUUUGAACGCUGUUGCAUACCCUGAAGAGAACAACAUAUUUGGGUGCAGGGAAAAUGUCAAAGAGAUCUGUGAAGAGGACUCUACACCCACUAAGUUAGAACAGUCUGGUGGCUUGAAUGAGAUGGCCUUCAAAGUCUCAGGCAUUUGAAUGCUUGGUCCUCAUCUGGUGAUGCUGUUUGGAGAGGCUUAGGACAUGUGGUCUUGUCGGAAGAAUUGUGUAACUGGGCUAGGUUUUGAAGCCUUAAGGCUCAUCAUUUCUAGCUCACUCUUGUGUGUUCAUUUCUACAAGACUGAAAUAUUUCACUCUGCAGGGAAUCUUCUUAAGUCAGAAGCCAAACAACUCAAAAUAACCCCAGAAAGGCUCUGAAACUAACAAGAUUUACUAGGUCCUUUUUUUUCUAAGAGUUAACAAGAAGAGCUGUUGUGAGUUACUCUUAGACAAGGUAAGCUGCAAAGAAGAAUCCGAGACCAGAUCUACUUCCUGGAAAAAUAAAGAAACAACUGAGCUGCCUAGAAGAGGUUUGGACUGGAGUCACCUGGAAAAGACACUCUCCAAUAUGUUUAGCUUGCCUGAAAGUUCUGAAAUGUGCCCUUUGUGAGUUGUCACUCAUGGUAGAGUCAUUUCUGCUCCUGUAAAUUACCUCAAUAAAACUCAUUGGUUCACUAGAUUGGACUUUAAUGGUAUCCAUACUUUUGUCUGUCAUUGACUCCCUAUUGAGAGCGAGUACACAUGUAUGCUGUAUCUCCCAGGACAAGUCUUGCCACAAAACAACUCUUUCCUCUUGCUCUUGUAAUUCAAGAUGUAAGCUGUCAGCUUUCUUUUCCUGCUACCAUGCCUUCACUCUGCCAUC